AUGAAGGCCUUUAGGGCAGUCCUCUUCCUCCCCAUCUUCCUCCUGGCCUGGUCAGGCUCUGAGGCCAGCCCUACGACCCCUGGCGGGCCUCAGAACCUCAUCCCAGAAUUCUCUGGAACCCCUUAUUCUGAGCCCUCCAAGACCCCUCAUGUCCCUUCUCCAGAACCGUCCCCUCCUGAAUUCAUGGGGAGCCCAGAUCCUGCCCUCCCGGAAACCCUACACCCCGAGUCUCCCGAAGCCCCCAGUCUGAACUCCCUCAACGAUUCAAUAUCCGAUUCCCCAGAAAUACCCCAAAUGAACCCCUCUGAAAUGAACUAUUCAGACCUUUCUGGGGCCCCUAAAUCUACCCUGCUUGAGAUUCCACAUACAGAAGCCCCUGAGACCUCCCAAUCUAAUAGCACAGUUGACAUCUCAAAACCUAGCCUUACCCAAGCCCCACAUCCACGAUCUCCAGAGGCCCCCAAAUUUAACUCCACGGGAAUCUCAGAGGUCGAAGUCCCUAACACCCCAAGUCCUGGCCCUAUCCAAACCCAUCACUCCGAACCCCCAGAAAUGCAGGACCCAGACGUCACUGAGUCCCCAAGCCCUGAAUCCCCCCAAACUCUUCCUCCCAACCCUUCCGAAACACCUCUCCCAGAGCUCCUCGUGACCCAGAAGCCCAAUCCCCCUGAACCCCCCAAAACGGAAGGCCCCACAUCCCACUCCCAGAAUGCCACAGAAACCCCCCUGGCGUCCCACCCUGAGGUCGCAACCAGUGGACACCCAGAAACACCUGCACCCCUGCAAGAGGAAGCCACAGUCCUCAACGCAUCCGGGACCCCCAACGCCGACGCCCCUGGGACAACCGGGCCCGCCUCCCCCAUCAGCUUCAGCCCUAAGGGCCCCGAUGCCCCUCCGCCCUCGGUCCUGCCUUCCGGGACCCCCAAUCUACCGGCCCCAGCCACCCCAAAGGUCCCCCAGCGCCGCAACCGAGGCGAGCGAGUCAACACCAUCAUCGUGGUGGAGCGCGUGAAGGAGACAGGGGUGGCGCUGGUGGGGCGCCCCCGGGGCGCGGCGGGCGGAGCGCUCUGCCUGUUCCUCGCGGGCACCGGGCUGCUGAUCGGCAUCCUGCUGCUGCUCUGGUGCCUCUACCGCCGGGCGUCGCGGCACCGGCCCUUCGCGCACCACCGCCUGCCCAGCGACGACGAGCCUGUUAUGCACCUGGACGCCCCGAAGGACCCCUACGACCUCUACUUUUACACGCCGGACGCCUGGGUCCCGUCGCACAUAGCCACCAAGCAGCCGCCCUGCACGCCCCCUCUGCCCCCGAAACUGCCCCCGCCACCUCGCGGGGGCCGCCCCCAGCGUCUGGAACCGCUGUCCCCCGCCACGCUGCCCAACAACUUCGUGUGACCCCCGCC